UGAAUGAGACGUCAAAAAUAUCCAAUUUUCAUUCAAAUUACGCUUUCUCUUCUUCCCCUACAAAUACUCCAUUCUUCUUCUUCUUCCCAUAAGCCAUCACAAAAUCCAAAAUUCGCUUUUACCUCUCUUUUUCAUUUGUCUUGAUUCGAGACGCUUUUACCUUCGAGCUCUCUUGUUUUUUUCUUUGCGUUUCAUCUGGUGGAUUCCUCCGAUCACCAGAUACAAUUGUUUCAGUUCCUCAAAAUCUUGGAUCUUCCGAUCACUUUGAUUUGAUUCUUGCUAUUUUUUCCUUCCUUCUAAGUUCGAAUUCAAGCGAGCCAUGAAUGCUUUAGCCGCAACAAACAGGAACUUCCGUCAUGCAUCGCGAAUCCUGGGGUUGGAUUCGAAGAUCGAGAGGAGUCUCAUGAUCCCAUUUAGAGAGAUCAAGGUGGAGUGCACGAUACCCAAGGACGACGGAACUCUGGUUUCGUACAUCGGAUUUAGGGUUCAACACGACAAUGCUCGUGGACCCAUGAAAGGGGGAAUCAGAUAUCACCCUGAGGUGGAUCCCGAUGAAGUGAACGCACUGGCUCAGCUGAUGACAUGGAAAACGGCUGUAGCAGACAUUCCAUACGGUGGAGCCAAAGGUGGAAUCGGAUGCAAUCCCCGUGACCUGAGCCUGAGCGAGCUCGAGCGACUCACUCGUGUCUUCACCCAGAAGAUCCAUGAUCUCAUCGGUAUUCACACCGAUGUGCCUGCUCCUGACAUGGGCACCAACGCUCAGACCAUGGCUUGGAUUCUUGAUGAGUACUCCAAGUUUCAUGGCCAUUCCCCUGCUGUUGUCACCGGAAAACCCAUUGAUCUUGGUGGUUCACUUGGUAGGGAAGCUGCCACAGGACGCGGUGUAGUCUUUGCCACCGAAGCUCUUCUUGCCGAGUACGGGAAAUCGAUCAAGGGAUUGACAUUUGUUAUUCAGGGUUUUGGGAAUGUUGGAACAUGGGCGGCCAAGCUGAUCCACGAGAAAGGCGGAAAAGUGGUUGCCGUAAGCGACAUUACAGGUGCAAUCAGAAACCCUGAAGGUAUCGACAUCAACGCUCUUCUGAGACACAAGGACGCAACUGGAAGUCUCAAUGACUUCACUGGUGGAGACGCUAUGGACUCGAACGAGCUUCUAAUCCAUGAGUGUGACGUUCUCAUUCCUUGUGCUCUUGGUGGUGUCCUGAACAAGGAAAAUGCUGGAGAUGUGAAGGCAAAGUUCAUUGUAGAGGCUGCAAACCAUCCCACCGAUCCAGAUGCUGAUGAGAUUCUGUCGAAGAAAGGAGUGAUUAUACUUCCAGACAUAUACGCAAACGCAGGAGGAGUGACGGUGAGUUACUUCGAGUGGGUGCAGAACAUUCAAGGGUUCAUGUGGGAAGAGGAAAAAGUGAACUUGGAGCUGCAGAAGUACAUGACUCGAGCCUUUCACAACAUCAAGUCGAUGUGCCAUACUCAUUCCUGCAACCUCCGUAUGGGAGCUUUCACUCUCGGAGUCAACCGCGUCGCUCGAGCCACCCAGUUGCGUGGUUGGGAAGCUUAAUUCAAUCGAAUUCCCCACCAUAAUAUACUCUGUUUUCUCUUCUUUCUCUGCGUUUCCCUGUUUUUUUUUGUUGUUGUUUCAUUUUUACUGAAAUCAUUGAGGUUCCGUAAUGGAAAAGAAAACAAAGAAAUUUAAUAACUAACAGUAUGGAAUAAAAAGAUAUCAUUGAAUUUCUGAAUGUGUAGAGAGAUAUUUGUCUGCGGAUAAGUAAUUAUAAAUCCACUAAUUACCGAUAUUAUAAAAUAAAGGGAGAAUUGCAAAAAUACAGUCAAUUUGAG